AUGGCAAACCAAAAAACAGUUUCAAAGACUGAAAAUGAAUUAUCUAACUUCCCAGAAGAAAUCGGAGGUGUAAUUGUUGAACAUUUGAGCAAGAGGAUUCGAAACUUUUCCAAAAAGAAGCAAAAAAUCAUAAAACUUGAAGAGCAGGCUGCCAAAGAUCCAGAGUCAUUGAACAAUGACCAAAAAAAUGCUAUCCGUAGUAAGGAAGCUGUUUUGACGACUUUGCAUGAGUUAGAAGAGCUUUUGGGUCAAAUUAAUUCUUCUCGUUCUCGUGACGAAAAGAAGAAGCGUUAUGAAGCCUCUGUACAAAGAGAAAAAGAGCAAAAGCAACUGGAAGCCAAAUACGAAGAAGGCUACAAGAGUGCUGAGAAGCAAGUAUCUACCCUUGUCCGAUUCCUUCGUUUUGCUAGUUAUAAUUGCGUUAAUCCUUCUGAGGAUCAUGAGUUUAAUACGGCCGUUGAGAAGCUGCUAAUUAAUGUUUAUGAAGGUUCAGAAAAGUCUGUAAAGGCUGUUGCCAACCUGAACUCGUCUUCAGAGGAGCAUAUUGAUGAAACCGAAGUCCCUUACAAAUUGGUUACUGAAAAAAGCGAUGAAUUCUUUAGUACUCCUGCUGUUCAAGAGCAAGAAAGUCAUGAUGAAACUGAAGAGCAGGUUACUUUCAAAUCGGGCAAUGUUGUCGAUAAUGAAAGUGAAGAAACACCAGCUUUGUUAGAUGAACAUGCCCACCAAACCACCCGCCCUUUGAACCGUGGAAUUCAAUUCUUGAACGAAAGUGAAAUUGAAGGACAACAUUUCCAAGAACCAGCCAUGUCUAAUGAAACCUCUGUCCCUGCCGAUGGCGAAGUCCACGUGCCUGUUGAAAAUGUCGAAACUAGCAGUGGUGUUGCUGAUCCCUCUACUAUUUAUCCUACUCAAUUCCAAGCUGUCGAGCAACAACAAAUGCAGCAAGCUAUGGAUUCCAUGUCCCCCGACUGGUAUCAGCCGGCUAUCGAGAAUCCACAAGAAGCAUUGAACCAUGGAUAUCAAAAACGCUCUUUCAAUAACCGCCCUCCUUAUGGCAAUAACCAACGCGGCCGCGGUCGUGGCCGUGGUGGUGGUCGUGGCCGUGGAGGCUCUUUUAACCGUUUCCGACGAAACCAAUACCCCCAAUACUCAAACGAUUCCAACUCUCGUUCUAACGCCGCCCCUGUAGCUUAA